UCGCCGCUCUAAGAUUGAGGAACUUACACCUUAUCCAGACGAUGGCCGUCCUAUAAUCAAGCAUGGAGACUUGAAUGCGUGGAAUGUUAUUGUAUGCGACAAAGGACUGUCUGGCUAGCUCCCGCUCCUUCUGCUAUCCAACACCCACUCUUCCUUGCAGACAUUCCUGGAUGGCGAAAUGAUCAUGUUCCCGAGGGUAUGACGUUUGAAGAAGAUCGAGCGUACCUAGAAUAUGCAAUCAGCAGGUUAGAUGCACGUCUUGGAAGCCCACAGCGAAUUCACGACCUCCUUCGCACCUCUUUUGAGCGGCAAUUCCUAGAAUUAUCCCUUCAUAACCAGCGGAUCAACGAGCAGUAUGUCAAGAGGAGGUUCGAUCCUAGAGGGUGCACGGAGUAGGAAGUUAGCACUUGAUCAGUUGGAUGAUUUUCUUUUAGCUCAUGAAUCAAUGCAGGCUCUCCCUGCUGUAGUAGAGCUGCG